CCAUUUUGUUGAGGUCGGCAUGUCCGCUCCCGGUCGCAGUUCUGUGAUGACGGAUCGGGCGGGUCCGACACACAAAGCAUUUGACCGAAAGUCUCUGUGGUUUCUCGGUGAUGUUGUUAUCCAGGAAGAUGGCUUCGCUGUUUGGAAAACUACUUGUGUUAUUGGCGUUGAUCUUGGAAAAUAGAGGUGAUGUUUUCGGAAACGCGGUGGAACAGAAAAUCUACGUGAAGUUGAACAACACCGCCCCCUGUGUUCGUUUGCUGAACUCCACCCACCAGAUCGGUUGCCAGUGUAACCUCUAUCUCAUCUCUGGAGACACGGGUGUGAUCCACGUGGUGGAGGUUCUGUCUGAUCUGGACUGGGUUCUGACGGCCGGUCCGAACCCCCCCUACAUGGUUCUGCUGCAGGGGGAGCUCUUCAGCAGAGAGUUGAUGAUGAAGAUAAAGGAUUCGCCUCGUGUGGCUGGCGUUGCCGUGGUGAUCCCCAAAACUGCCCCUAGCAACGGUUUCUCGCCUCACCAGAGCUGCCCCAACGAAGAGACAGGCGUGUAUUCAGACAGCUAUGGCCCGCAGUACUCUCACUGUAACAGGACCCUGUGGAACCCGCUGGGGGACGGCCUGUCUUAUGAAGAUUUUCACUUCCCCGUCUUCAUGAUGAGGGAUGAGAACGAGACCAGCGUCAUUAAAAAGUGUUUUCUGGAUCACAACGUCCCUGUGAAUGGCUCUGUGCCCCCGUACCCGCUGUGUGCCAUGCAGCUGUACUCUCACAUGCACGCUGUCACCAACUCAGCCACCUGCAUGAGGAGGAACGACAUACAGAUGAGCUUCAGCAUCAACCCAGACGUGGUUUGUGAUCCCCUCAGUGAUUAUAAUAUCUGGAGCUCCAUGAAACCCCUCAAUACCUCCGGACGGGCGGGACCGGAGGAGAGAGUCGUCAUAGCAACAGCCAGGCUGGACAGUCGCUCGUUUUUCUGGGAGAUCGCUCCGGGGGGAGACAGCGCGGUGUCCGGUUUCGUGACUCUGCUGUCGGUCGCUGAAGCGCUGGUGAAAGCAGUGGAGAAUCUGACCGCCCCGCUCCCCAAAAACAUCCUGUUUGCGUUCUUUCAGGGGGAAGUGUUUGAUUACAUUGGCAGUUCUCGGAUGGUGUACGACAUGCAAGGGAAGUUUGUCAUCGGCCUGGAGAAUAUUGACUCCAUUGUGGAGAUCGGACAGGUGGGCUUGCGGAACGGGUCAAAACUGUGGAUUCACAGCGACCCGAUAUCCCGGAAAAACAGCUCGGUCAACGAGGAGGUGAUCAAUCUGGUUAGCGGACUCAGUAGCGCCAGCUCCGGUUUGAACGUGUCGGUCUCUGAAGCUGGCUUUUCACAGCCUCUUCCCCCAGCUUCCUUCCAGAGGUUCCUGAAGGCUCGACCAAUCCCUGGCGUCGUCCUGACGGACCACCAAUCAGCUUUCAACAACAGGUUCUAUGAGAGCUCCUACGACACGGCUGGUAACCUGCGUGUGAGGUACCCCAGCGGACUGAGCCCGGAACAGCAACUGGACUUCAUCACCGACACAGCCAGG